ACAUUACAUUAUCAACAUUUUAGACGUACGUAUCUACAUAAUCCGAUAAUGAUAAUAACUUUUAUCAUAUUCAAGUCAUUAAGUCCUUUUACUGAAUUGAUUCCAUUAUUGGUCGGACGAAUGGUGUAACGUCAUCAUGUCGGCCCUCAAGCUGGUUAUCGUACCAGCUCUCCUGGCGUUGGCCUUCGCGGAGCUACCCAUUGACGUAAUCGAGGUCCAAGAAUCCCUCUACAGGAAUGAUGAUGUAGAUCCAACCAUUUAUCGUAUUCCUGAAGAUUUCGAUCCUAUACAUUACGACGUUGAAAUUAUCCCUUACUUUGAAGAUGAAGGAGGUAAAGAAGCGUUUAGCUUUGAUGGAGAAGUUAGCCUUAAAAACAAAUCAAAUAAUUUUAUUCACCCAAUCCGAGAUGGACUGACUUCCAUCACCCUGCAAGAAAAUGUAAGGUCGAUAGUGUCAGUAGACCUUUUCGAUAGUACCGGAUCACCUGUAGAGUUAGAUCAAUCCCAACCUUUUGAGAGAAUCAGGGAAUAUCAUUUCCUGAAGAUAAACCUCAGAGGCGACACUACCUUAGUCAAUGGAAAUACUUAUGUUGUGAAAAUUGUUUACGUUGGUAAUAUCAACGAGACUCCUCUCUCUCGAGGUGUUUUUAGAGGCAGCUACACAGGCAGCGAUGGAAAACUUCACUGGUAUGCUGCUACUCACUUGCAGCCUGUGAACUCAAGGCAGGUGUUCCCAUCUUUCGACGAGCCUGGCUUCAAGUCUACCUUCAGGAUGAUGAUCACCAGGCCGAUGCACUUUGGUGAAACCUAUUCCAACAUGAGGAUCGCAAGUACCGUGGUUCUCGGAGACCGUGUCAGAGAAGUCUUCCACGUAACACCCAGAAUGCCGGCCUACUUAGUCACCUUCCACGUCAGCGAAGAAUUCACCGUCUUAGCUGACAAUAACAACAGAGAAAGACCGUACCGGAUCCUCGGUAGACCUAAUGCUGUCGGCCAAGGGGAGUAUGCUUUAGAAGUCGGACCACCGAUAACUGAGUGGCUGGAAGAAUACUUGGGUAUCGAUUACUAUAAAAUGGGAGAAGACAUGAAGAAUGACCAGAUCGCAGUGCCUGACUGGGCUUCUGGUGCUACUGAAAAUUGGGGCUUCGUAAGUUAUAGGGAACUGUGUCUUCUGUAUGAAGAAGGUGAGACGAAUGCACUGGACAAGAUGAACAUUGGAACGAUUACAGCGCACGAGCUGGCUCACCAAUGGUUCGGCAACCUGGUCACCUGCAGGUGGUGGGACAACGUGUGGAUCAACGAAGGCUUUGCCAGUUACUUCGAGUAUUUUGCCAUGGAUGGAGUUGAUCCAUCAAUGGAGCUCGCAGACCAAUUCAUAAUCAUGUACGUGCAGUCAGCUUUAUCUGAUGACGCUUCUGCCGGUACCCGUGCCUUGCAGCACACCGUCAAUAGCCCGACCGAAGUCACUGGCCACUUCUCUGACAUCAGCUACUCAAAGGGUGCCACGUUCCUGCUGAUGCUGAAGUAUUUGUUCACUGAGGACACUUUCAAGAAGGGAUUGAACUAUUUCUUGGAAGAUCGGUCUUACGAAUAUGCAUUCCCUGAGCACCUCUACCAAGCUUUCGCCCGCGCCGUGCAAGAAGACAACACCAGCGUCAGCAACGUCAACGUUGAGGGUUUCAUGAAAUAUUGGGUGGAUGAGCCGGGAUACCCAGUGCUUGAUGUUGCCGUCAACACGGAUACUGGAGUCAUCAGUUUAAGCCAGGAACGUUUCUUCAUCAGCGCCACAGCCACUCAAACUGAGCAAGUCUGGCCACUGCCCCUGACCUGGACCACCGGUAGCAACCCGAACUUCAACAACUUGCGACCCUCGCGUAUCAUGACAGGCAAAACCGACACUGUACAGAAGACAGCCGGUGUAGAAGAGUGGGUCAUAUUCAAUGUUCAGCAGAAAGCUGGUAUCUACAGAGUCAACUACGACACGAACAACUGGCAGUUGCUGGCAGCCGCCCUGAAGGCUGACAUCAACUCCAUCCAUUACCUAAACAGAGCUCAAAUCGUCGACGACGUGUUCAGUCUGAUGCGCUCUGAACGCAUGACCUACGCUCUCGGCUUGCAAGUGCUAGACUUCUUGAAGGAGGAAACCAACUACUACGUGUGGUACCCGGCUGUUACCGGCUUCCGUUGGUUGAGAAACAGAUUGCUGCAUUUGCCAUCAAGGCAGGAGACCUAUGACCAAUUCAUGUACAUCUUCCUGGACUCCGUGGUUUCCGACCUGGGCUACGAAGUGCUCCCCAGUGAAUCCCUCACCACGACCCUGAACCGAUUCUUCAUGCUAUCCUUCGCCUGCUCCAUCGGACAUGAGGGCUGUGUCAAAAACGCACAGGAGAAGUGGACCGCAUUUAAGAAUAGUGGCGCCAGCGUGAACCCGAACCUCCGUCGCCACGUGUUCUGCGAGGGUCUCCGCGCCGGCAACUACGAGGAUUGGAACUUCUUGUACCAGCGGCGAAUCAACUCCAACAACCAGGGCGACAGUUUCGCUAUGUUGCGAGCUCUUGGGUGUACUAAGGAUGAGGGAGCUGUUAAAGAAAUGCUAGAGAAGAUCCUCACCGAUGACGUCAAAGCCCAGGAUCGCGUGAACGCCUUCACUUUCCUGUACAUGGGCAACCGAGAAAACGCCAACAUCGCCCUCGAGUUCCUUAAGGAAAGAAUUGAUGACGUCAGAAGAGCCGUGAUGCUCCCUGCGUGGUUCAACAGCAUACUUUCCAAUCUCGCUGGCUACUUGAACGAAGAAGGCCUCAACGAGAUGGAAGAAUGGCUGCACGCCAACCAGGCGUCCAUCCCCGAAUACAGCGUCGGCAUCAGCUCGAUCGCUUCAGCUCGCACUAGCAUGCAGUGGGGCACAGACCGUGCUGACACCAUCAUCAACGCCUUCAUCUAUACCCAGCGUCUUGUUGCUGGUCGCAUCUCUAGUAACUCUGUUGAGGGGCUGUUAAGCCUCCUACUACGCCAAUAAGCUGUUCCCCAAACCAGAGAUUUUUCCCAUCAGUUCUUACGAAAAUACUAGAAGUUACCAUAAGUAGUAGACAUCAGCUCCAUCGCUUCAGGUCUCGCCAGCAUUCAGUGGGGUACAGACCGUGCUCACACGAUCAUCAGCGCUGUUAGAGGGUCUGCACUCUGAAGCCAUCGCCAUCCCUAGCGUGUUGUUGCUGGUCGCAUCUCUGGUAACUCUGUUGAGGGGCUGUUAAGCCUCCUACUACGCCAAUAAGCUGUGUCCCAAACCAGAGAUUUUUCCCAUUCAUUCUUACGAAAAUACUAGAAGUUACCAUAAGUAGUAGACAGCUCCAUCGCUUCAGCCCAGACCGUGCUAUAUGAACGCGAUAUUACAUUUCAUUACAUGGAUUAAGGGUCGGUUGUACCAAACCGUCUGUCCGAAGUUAGCAUUGGCAUUUUUUUUGAUGGGAAAUUUCAUAGACUUCUGCUGCUUGACGUUGAUGUGUCUGUUAACAGUGGUUGAUACAACUGGCCCUAAGUGUAUUUCAACUCCGGAUGUAACAUGUCAUAUGGGAAUACCUUGCAGUCUACAUAAACCUUUAGAUUCAUUAUUAUUGCUAGGAAAAGAAAGUAGGUACAGCAUCAAAUACUCGUAGUUACUGUGAUGAACUAUUUGGCCACGUUGGCUAAAAUAUUUGAUGUUGACUCUACUAACACGGAUUUCAAGACUUCAACUAUGUUACGAAGCCUAUGAACAUGCGUAAUAAGAUACCAAAAUAAACAACUCAAACAAAACCAUAAAAGUAGUAUUAAUUGUACCUAAGAUGCAUUUGUACUUUUUACUUUUGUAUUUUUAUAAUAGCUGUACUGCACUACAAACUUUUUGAAAGUUAAUAAAAGUUGUUAAUCUGUUGUGCAAUAAAGUAUUUAUUUUGAUAUA